GGGGGCUGUUAUCAGCUCGGGGGGGGCUGUGGGGCGCCCAGAGCCAUGGUGGGGCCCGCGGUGCUGCUGACCCUGGGGGGGCUCCUGGCAGGGGUGGGGGGCACGGCCGCCCCCCCCAUCUUCGAGGAGGAAGCGUCGCUGCUGUCGCAGGAGCUGCAGCUGCCGAAGUGCUUCUCGCGAGCGCUGCACGACCUGAACUGCUUCUGGGACAGCGAUGACCCCCCCGGGCCGGGGACCCCCCCGCUCCGCCUCCAGUUCCGACUGGAGGGUGACCCCUGGCAGCUGUGCCCCCUGGCGGUCGCCCCCCGGGGGGGGAACGGCUCUCGCUAUUGGUGUUCGCUGCCCCCCAACGCCACCAUCGCCUUCGUCCCUCUGGAGCUGCGGGUGCUGCCGCCCCCCCCCGCGCCCCCCCUCUACCAGCGCACCCUCUACCUCGACCAAGUCGUGCUGCUGGGGCCCCCCCAGAACGUGUCGGCGGUGCCGGAGGGGGCGCGGGGGGGUCUGUGUGUGCGCUGGCAGCCCCCCCCCAGCCCCUACCUGGAGUCCAGCCUGGCCUAUGAGGUGACCCUGCAGGCGGCAGGGGGGCCCCCCCGCACGGUGGGGGUCCCCCCGGGGCGGCGGGAGCAGCGGGUCGGGGCUCUGCCCGGCAGUACGCGCUUUCUCGCCCGGGUCCGAGCGCGCCCGGACGGGCUGAGCUACAGCGGCUUCUGGAGCGCCUGGUCCGGAGCCGCCACGGCCGCCACCGGGCCCGAUGUGGACCCGGUGACCCUGGGGCUGUCGUGCCUGCUGGCGGCGCUGCUGCUGGGACUGGGGGUGCUGGGGCUGCUGGGGCACCGCAGGGCGUUACAGGAGAAGCUUUGGCCCCCCGUGCCCGGCCCCGAGCGGGAGUUCGAGGGGCUUUUCAGCGCCUAUGGGGGCAAUUUCCAGCUCUGGCUGUGUCAGGGGGUGGGGGCUCCCUGGGCCCCCCCCGAGUUGGACGAGCUGCCCAGCGCGGUGGAAGAAGUUGGGGGGCUGGGGGGUCCCCCCGUAGUGAUGUCACACAGACACUCGGUGACACCGGAACGGAGGGGACGCAUCACAGUGAUGUCACACAGACACUCGGUGACACCGGAACGGAGGGGACGCAUCACAGUGAUGUCACACAGAGACACUCGGUGACACCGGAACGGAGGGGACGCAUCACAGUGAUGUCACACAGAGACACUCGGUGACACCGGAACGGAGGGGACGCGUCACAGUGAUGUCACACAGACACUCGGUGACACCG